GAAGAUAGUAGGAUAGAAGGAUACCACGAUGAUAAUGAUGGGAAGCCUGCAAAUCAAAGUACACUGUUACAGUUGCCAUCCUCGUUUUCUUGUCCUACACCACAGCUCAACAAGGACCAGCAUAUGAUACAAAUGACUGGAUCCCAAUCACCCCAAAGACACAGAUCCAAAGCAGGUCAUUAAUUGUGAAUGACAAUGUGGCUGAAUCAUCAAAAGGUAGCAGCGAGGCUGUUCCUCCUGAAGGUGACAAAGACCCUCCACCUCAACCUCAAAGGGCCAGCAGUCGAGUACUGAACCUAGACGCACCGCCAGCGCAGAAAUUUUUCCCAGAAGACGAACACAGAGCGUACAGAAAACGACGACCUCAUAAGCACAAAAAUAGAGGAGAAGAUGCUUAUAAAUUUGAACUGCCUCCUCACUUGCCCAAGGGAUCGUCCUAUCUCCAUUACACAACUCAAGACUUAAAUCCAUUAAUCUACGAACAACCUCCUCCACUAAGUCAGUACGGCAUCCAGAGACAACCAGCGUACAACAGCCAGAUCCAGCUUCCUCCACAAUCAGUGCUAAGCCAACCACCGCCACACCGUCCGAUAUCUCAACAGGCGCUUGCAUCUCAACAAGCGCUUGCAUCUCAGCAAAUCGUGUCUCAACAGCAGCUCUCAGGUCCUCAACAUCAGGCGGUUCCUCAGAAACAAGUGUCGGUAUCGCAGCAACCUAUCUACAGUCAACAACAACCAAAGAUACUGAGUCAACAGCAGUUUACUUCACAAAUUGGUCAAGAACAAAGUCUACCAGUUCAACAUGGGAUACCUCAAAAAGCGAAGGUUCCACAACAAGUCAGACUGGCACAAGAUGAGCAUAUCAUUUUGCAACAACAGCAACUGCCCCCGGUUAACGCACCAAACACGUAUCAACAGUAUAGCCUUCCGUUCAACAACACCUUUUACGAAUCUUUGAAUCCAGACGCUAUCAACCACGAGCUGCUCAGUGUCGGCCAGAAUCACCAACAAUCAACGGCAAAAGCGCCUGCUAAGGGCGGAAAGGAAUCAGUGCAAUUGGUGUAUGUCCCCUUGGAGAACCUGAAAACAAAUCAACAGCAGCAGGAUUUGAAGGCUGAAGCUGAUAUCAGACAGGCCGAUUUGAGGAACAAAUUCAACACUCGCCUGACGAACAUUGAACAGGACUUCGUUCACCAAGCCCUGCAAGCUCAGAGACUGCAAGACCAGAUCCAGCUAGGCGAACCACUUUACUACAGACCCGAGCAGCAAUUUAUACAACCGCAGCAAAAGCCACAGCAGUAUCAGAUCGUGCAACAGCAGCAACCUCAAUAUGUUCAAUCCCAAGAAAAUGCCAUAUUGCCACAACCUCAACAACUGGUACAACCACAGCAGAGUGUCGUGAAACAACAACCUCAGCAAUACAUCACUCAGCAGCAACAGCAUUUAGCUCAAUCGCAACAACACCUGUUGCAGCCUCAAAAACUGUUUGUCACUCCGCAGCAGCAGUCUGAGUCACCGCAACAAACUUACGUGCAGUCUGAACAGCGACUGGUUCAAGCUCAACCUUUAGUGCAGACUCAAAGGCCAAACAUAGUGCAGUCCCAACGUCAUUUGGUGCAGAAACCUAGUGAACAACAACAGAUACCUCACGCUCAGGCAAGCAAUGUACCUCCACCUUCAGCUACCUCCCCAGGAAGCAGUACCCCUAAAAAGCGGAAGCCACAUCAACCACCAUUAGCUGUUUACUUAGAAACUAACAGGAACGCUGAGUUAGACGAUGUUUUGGAUGCUCUCAAAGAGGCAAAAACGAUCGCUGUGCAAGACAGUAUACAACCUGAUUCACCACAAGUAUUCAUCGGCCCAUCAAGCUUGAACCCACCUGAUGGCUACGUGAAAUUCUUGUUGCCGUAUCUAAACGCUCUGGAUGGAAAGCGGGAGAAGAAUGUAGAAGAGCUACCGUUUUUUGUGGCACCUUUGAGUUUCAAAGCUCCACCGGGCUACUCCAAAAUUUCUCUCCCUUCACCACACGUAGGAUCCGUUGUGGUCAACAAUAAGGAGUUGAGCACCAGGAGGCCCAGCAGUACUCCAAGUUACUAUGGGGGAACUGGAAAUAGCUACGUUACAGUCGGUUCGAGCUACGGUACUUCGCAGUAUUCACCCAACAUUCAGAGUUAUAACAGUCAGGAUUUCUUCCAAACCCCUACCUUGGGAACAUCGCAUCAACUGAACUUCAAUGCAGAUGAUCACACGCAGAAACUUGAAGUACCUUCAAUGCAACACCAAGACACGCAUGGUCCUACAACGCCUCUGACUGGAGAAACUACUCCUGCCAAGCCUAGAGUUAAAGAAAGGGUCAGAAUCAAGAAUUAUAAACACAGCUCAAAUUCGAACGCUCGAGAAGGUCAAAGGAACGCGCCAAAGAUAAAGUCUAAUUCAAACUUCGAACAAACCUUCACCGUUAAGGAAUACUCGAAGCCGCUGAAGUCUCAUCUACAAGACAGCUACUUCAAAAAGGGAGAAGAGAAAUACCCGUCACUGAUCUCUAAGAGUUAUAGCCAACCAAGUAGGAACUACGUGAAUACACCCUCCUCCAUCCUAACUGGAAGUACCACCGAAUCUCACGUAUUCAGUCUCACGCCAAAACCGGAAAAAACGGAAGCUGAAAAGGUGAUAGACGAGAUUCACUCUCAUUCUCACUCACACGGCUCUAAAAACGAUGAGUCUCAGCUGAAGCCUUUAGAUUUAUCUUCGCAUACUUUCGAUUUGCAUCAGAUCAACUCCCAGCUUGACGAUAAGCAUAGAAGCAAGGAUCAAGUACAUUAUUCUCCGGAAGACGGUUUCACUUACCAUCAUCGGAAACCUGAAAGGCCUCAACCCACAUAUCAGUUCAACUCUGAUUCACAAAACUUUAAACCUUCUACAAUCCUAAGAGACGUUAACGUCGAAACUACGACUCAGAAGGCCAAAGUUCGCAGGCCUACGACUGCCCCUCCAUCUAAAGAGCACUAUACUGUAUUAGAAGACUUUUCUGCCACAGAAAGUUCAAAGUAUGGUUCGCCGUAUGACGAUAGAGGAACCACCUCAAAGUAUGAUACUAUCGGUGAAGGUCCCUCUAAUCCUUAUGGCCAAUUCGAUUAUGAGAAUACUAAAGAUGCCGACAAGCACGAACCAUUCGGUGAUUUCAGGCCAAGCUAUGAGGACCACACCCACCACCAUGAUCACGACGACCCUCCAAAUCCCUAUUUUGAACGAGCUCAAGAAAACGUGCAACAAAAUUAUAAUCGUGAUCACAAACAAGAACAUUCGCAGCACAGCUUUCCUGAGCCGAAUUUAGAUGAUCUUUCCGAUACGUUUUUACAAAAUCCAUACCUGAAAACUUUCAAGCCAAACAAAGACGCUCAGAGUAAUAAUCAAGAAGGAGCACACAACCACAGACAAUCAACUGUUUCUGGGAGUGGAGAAGACCAUUUCCGGCAAGAACAACCUAAAGAUGUAAAGAAGGAAAAAGAAUAUGAUGCUUCGCUUGCAGAUCAAACAGUUACCUCGUUGUUGACACCAAACCUUCUGCUUCCUGCGAAGAAGAAGCAGUAUGACAACGUUAGGAAGGAAUAUUCGAAUCCGUACUUUGAUUUUACUUCUGUAGCUGCUGAUGGGCCACAAAUUGAUACUUCGCUUUAUGACUACGUGCCUACGACGAAUCAGGAACCUCAAGGAUUUGGACCCUCGGCCAAUUCACAAUAUACGCCAGAUAGCGAUAUUCCACACCCAUCCUCAACAGCCGAAACCAAACCACCUAGCACCAAAGCGGAAACUCCAGAAGUGGUUUACAUACACCCGACAACAACUACUACUACGACUACGACAACAACUACUGAGAAGCCAACGACGACCACGAAACCUCGAACAAGAGGUCGGCAGCGAGGCGCAAGUAGAUUCAGUGAUUCGAUUACGACGACCAGGAGGUCUGUGGCUCGUAGAAGACCUGCGACCUCAACGGAGCGAGGAAGGUACAAUAGUCAAGAACAGGGCGAUUACCAGACGACGACUACAAAAUCUAGAUUCAGAACUAGGGUGCGGACCACUCCAAGUGCGGCCACUGAGCGAAUAGUUACUACGGAGAAUGAGAUUCAGCAUGGACCAACUUCAGACGCAUCGUACUCCACCCAGCAAGACGCUAACACGCCCAAGUCUUACAUGCAGUUCGAACACGUGAUAGAAGACCAAAGGGUGAUUACCGCCCCGUCUCCCCCGGAGAACGCCUACCUUCUGGAAGCAAACGCUCCGAGUGCUCCUGGACUCCUGAAUCUUCAAACGAUUCCAAGUGGUCCCAGUGUUCAAAGCAUACGGGUGGGAGACACUGAUGCUUUCCAGUAUGAGAAUACCGCCUCUACCACUUCAACACCUGUAGUCAACGUGCAGAUCAGUCACCCGGUGGUUACGGAAGUUGCAGGUGAGAGACGUAUCACCGAAUUGACCCACCAACAACAGCCGGCUCAAUCGCAGAACCACUUCCAACGGAACAAAAUCGAGGUGACAACAAAAACAGGGGUCAGAAGCAGAGGAAGAGGAAGGUCAAGGUUCACGACUACCACACCGUUACCUGACAUCAGACAACCUACAUCUAGCACUACCACAACCACCUCAAAACCUGAAACACAAACACCUGAACAGGAGGAGUUUUACGGUUUCAUACGGACACCUAAUUUCAAUCAACAACAGCCUGUGGUUGCAGCCACUGAACAGCCUACACCAAUUUACGAAAACUCAUUCGAUAUUAGCGAACAGUACCUUGCCAAAAACAACGAGGAGUCAAAUCAACCGACCAUCGAACAGACCACAACCGCAGUCCGAUUUCUCGGUGAAAUCAGGCCGAAAUAUACGACCAGAACUUACGAUGCCAACACGAUAGUUCCUACAGAGAUUCAGACAGACACGCCAAAGCCUAAUAGGAUAAGAACAAGAGGUCGAACUACCACCACCAGAAGGGUGACGUCAAAUCAUAAAACUAGGUAUGACGAACCAAGUCAGCGCAUCACCGAACAGGCAACCCGAAAACCUAAUACUGUCCGCACCAGGGGCAGAUCGCAUUACAAGCCGCCAGAACACCUCCAGGCUACCACCGAACCGCUGAAUGAAGCUAAUUAUCCCACACCAUAUCUCCAACAGAUCAGGGAAUCCACUGCAGGACAGGGGUCAUUUCAGCUGAAUCUGGGCGACGGCGAUGUCGAUCAGCAGCCUCACGCAUCACUCUAUAACCCAAUGGUCGUUGAUGCUCCUCAAGAAUGGCACGAGGCUUCCGAUUAUAGUGUACAGCAAAACGUGAGCGCCGACAAUGAAGUGAAUCAGAUUGCUGAAGACCCCACAGAACUGCCUUUAGCUUUGCCCAUACAAGGCACUUCAGAGCAAGCAACUCCGGCCAGCAGUGAUGAAAUGUAUAAGAAAGAUACUAAAGAGGUCGAAGAACAGUUCGAGGAGGUGAACACCAAGAAGCCAAAUAGCAGAAGAAGAGGAGUCUGGAAACUCGUGAGACAAAGGCCUGCUGAUAGAAUUGAACCUGCUGAAUCACAGAAUUACUAUUCUGUCCUGAAUUCUUUCGAGACGAUAGAGAAAACUAAGCAGGAUAAUGAAAAAGGAGGUAAUAACCAACAAGGUACAUACAGUAAUUACAACCCAGCUUUAGAACAGAAUUCAGAUGCUUAUGACUACGAAAGCAUGAAACUGCACGGUGAAGCUGAGCUGAAAGAACUGCAACAGCAGAACCAUGCGAACACAAGUCAAAUUAUACACGAAAAGCAACAUACUGAUGCAGCCAAGUCCGAACUAUUGUCACACGAGAAGGAAGUGCAAAUUCCGACAGUUGAAAAAGUCGCAGCGAAGAACGACGAAGAUGAUGCUGUGAACAAAGAUAAAGAUGAAAUUGUGGGUCAGCAACAGGCUCAAGACUACGAAACGUACGAAGAAAACAGAGAAGUUACGACAGAAGAAGUUACUACCUCUAUUAUUGAGACGACCACGUUGCAGCAGAAGCAGAUCAAUCCAAACAAGCCGUCAAGCUUGUUCGAUACGCUGUACGAAAUGUUCGGCAUAGCUAACAGUAAACCUAGCACUACAGAAAAAGAAGCCAGUCAACCAACGACUCAGUUCACUCCUACGUUCCCAGAAGAAAUGACGGAAGAAUCAAUAAAAAACGAGACUCAAACUGAACCAACCGUACAAACAACGACAGAAGAGCUGAUCAUGACCACAACUGAAGCGGCACCUGUAACCACAACCCAGAGCUCGACGACCGUCGUAAGGCCGUACGAAGUGACACCGUGGGAGAUGAGGGCGGUGCGGACAUCUACUUCCACCGAAGUCACUCACGAAACGGAAAUCUGCUACAGAGGAAAAUGUGUCAAGUCAAAUGAUAAGAAAAAGAACUGAAUACGUUCAAUUGUGAACAGAUAGUUCCACGGUUUGCAGCCAAUCACAGGAACAUCCAAUAAUAAACAUCAAGUUCAAUGCUCAGUAUAAACAUUUUACAAAAUGCAUUUAAAACAUGAAUGAAAAACAUUAUUACAUGAAAUAAAACCGUACACAUGAAAAGGAAUACAAGUAAAAUUGACACAAAGAAUAUACAGGGUGACUUUGAAGUUGAGUCAUUAAUUUUCAGAUAAUGAUUGUAGAAGGAAGAUAAACCAAAAUAUGUGUGUAAAAAUAAAAAAAAAAUUAAAAAAAAAUGUUACCUUGUUUUAUAAAGCAUCCUCCCGACAAGUAUUUCAGUGCGGACCUGUAUUUGAUCGUGCGGUCUUGGAGCACCGGCAUGUCAACUGAUUCACGAGCCCUUUGUACUACAUUAACAAAGGCACGAGGGGUUGGUUGCACUCGAUUGGGAAACCGAUCCGCAUAAAUCCGUGAUGCCGCGUAAAUAAGAAUCAUGUCCACAGGUUCAGCAUUUUCGUAAACAUGUGCCAUUUUUGAUUCCGUUUGAGCCACGCAACAGACACCACUAGUCACUCACGCGUUACCGACUGACACUGACUGUAUACAACUGAAUAAAAUAAUUGUAAAAACGUCGUUCCGAAUUCUUUCGCUUUUUUGUUUCCGAUGCGAUAAAACGAUAAGGCGGAUUAUAUCCGUUGUCGCCAAACACGAGCACAUAAUAUUAUUAUUGAGACAGGACGGUACUCAAACUUCUAAAGGGCUAUAACUGAGUUACUUUAAUUUUACCAGAAAAAUGUUAAAGGAAAAAAACAUUUCUUUUGAUCAGAUCUAAUCACUGUUAAAAUAAAUGACUCAACUUCGAAGUAUAUCUAAAAAUGACGGCUUAAUUUGCAAAAGUAAACAUUACUAGUUACGCACCGCAUAUGUUUGCCUAAAACUGCUCAAAAACACCUGAAUGGUAUCAAUAUUGAUAUCGCAUCCUUGACAAUAAUUGUCAAACAAAUCACACAUCUGUUUAACAGGAGACAUGUCCGAUAUGUUGAUUCCACCCCCAGCGCUGUAAAAAGUUGCACUAAAAAGAGGCACCGCAAACUUUAUUUUAUAUAAUAGUUGAAUAGCUGAAAUGUUUAUACAUAUUUAGUUUGUUGCCAAUGCAUCAUCUACCCAACCUAUUCAGGUCUUGCUGGAAUUCCGUACAGUCACUGUAAUUUUCAAUUUCACUAAAGAGAAAGCUCAUUAAUAUAUAUUAUGAAUGAUAGGGGCCCUAGAUUUGAUCCCUGAGGCACCCCUGAAGUAGGAGUAUGAGGCAUGGAGGUGCAACCACCAUACACCACGAAAAUCUUCUGACAGUUCGGCUGAUCGUAAUUGUGACAACAUUUUAUUGAUGGUAAUAACAAUGAUAAUCAUAAAUAAGCGGAGGUAAAAGAUGUUCAAAAUAUUGUCCGUUAUUUGGUAGGCAAACACUGACUCUUCUCUGUACAUUGUCCACUGCUCGAUUUAUUUCUCUUCUCAGUCUUCCAAACUCUUUCGCUAUGUUCAUUUUAAGAUCUGGUGUGGUUUUACGAAACAAAUGACUAUCUGAUAAUUUUAAUGCCUGCCUAGGAACUUCUAUUUCUCUGGAAUAACUUAGGUUUGGAAAUGUCAAUGUGUGACACAUUUUUGAAAUCAGAAUUAAAAACUAUUCAUCUGCUAAAAAUUCAAUAUGGCGUCCAUAAGAAAAAAUAUAUUUGAUGCUAGUGGAGACGAAACGUCAAUUGAACUUCUAAUUAUGCCAUCUUGUAAAGUAGAAAAGGUGGCAAUGUUAAUGUGCAACUUAUGUUGAAAUCCCACUACAAAUAAAGCCAGGAAAAGUUAAAACGGUUUUGGGAAAACUUGUUUUUUUUUUCUAAGCAGCAUUUUGUUGAUUACCUAAAAAGACAACUUUGCCCCCAUUCAAGAGGGUUUUCGAGAUCCCAACGGUCGAAUUUGAAACACUCGGUAUAAUAUGUAUUUUAGGUUCUAGAACGUAGUUCAAAUGUUAUGUCCAGAUUGCAAUAUCUGAUCUGGUAAAAAUGUUAUGAAUGGUGUCCGAUGAAGAACUGCAGCACUUGAUCACACACACAUGCAUAUUGCUUCAAUUUGGCAGUAUUUUUUCGAGACGCCUUUCACGAUCGGCUCCUGGGCUAACCGUAUCAUUAAAAUACAGUAGCGCAUGAUGAACUGUGAACUGUGGAAACUCUGUGACAUCUCUAUUAAUGACGUAGGAGAACAGCUUUGAUUAUGGUGAUAAUAUAGUUUUAAGUGUAAAUAAUUACUGUUAUUAGGAUCGCGUGAGAUUAUUAAGAGUGUGAGAGAAGGCAUAGCGUGAACGACGAUUUAAUGUGUAAUGUAAUAUCUAGGAUAUUUAUAUUUGAACGAAAUAUUUAUUAUUUUUUAUAUAA